UUUCUUAAUCGAUUGGCCCCUUCCUAUAUUUUGUAAAUAGUGGAUUCUUGCUACCCUUUUGUCAUGCAUUUGUAGGAUAUGCUAUGGCAUCAAGAGAAGAUACCAUCUUGGCUCACCAGAAUCGACAAAAUACGCAGCAAGAAUCUGGAAUGGAUACAUCAAAUGAUCUGAAUGGCGCUCCAAAUUUAUCCUCAGGGCGAGACAACACUCAAACACGAAGGGUGACAAGGGGCUCUGUAUCAUCAUCAAGGGAUAAUACCAUCAUUGCAUACAAGAAUCAGCAGAGUAGACAACCAACAUCAGAAAAUGACGUGACAAAUAUUGUACAACAAAGUAACAGUACAGAAAGCCGCACAGAACAGUCCAAAUGGCCAUCGCACGCACGUCGAUGUCGUACACAAAUAGAUAUAGAAAGUGGUGGCCAAAAGAAGAAGGGGCGAGGUGUUCUCAAAGGAAUCAAGGUCGCCAAGAAGCGAUUCGCCAAUGGUUCCUCAAAGCUUCACAUUGAAUUUUCCAAAACAUUGGGAGGUUCUAUCGGAGAGAACUAUCGUUUGUUUGUGGAUGAUGUGGUGGUUUUCAUGAAAAGGAAGGCACCACUCAUUGGCGUGAACAAGUGGUCAAACAUUGACUCUUCUGUGACGGAUUCAAUUGUUGCUGAUGUCAUUGCCAAGUGGGAUUUGGAGGACACAUAUUCUACUAAGGGAAAAAUACUAACAAUUGCUAGAGAGCGCUAUAGAGGAUGGCGGUCAACUUUGCAUUCCACAUACAAAGCAUACAAUACUGAUGAUCAAAGAAGGGCCAAUAAGCCCGAGGAUGUUACUCCAGAAGAGUGGGAUUAUAUGAUCAAUUAUUUUGGCACUGAUUUAAAAUUCCAGGAGCUUAGCCAAAAAAAUACGGAAAAUCGCCAGAAGCAGAAGGCGAGGCAUAUUGCUGGUUCAAAAUGGUACUCACAGAUUAGCUAUGAGAAGAGGGACGAGGAGACCGGGAAGGAACCAACUAUUCUACAACUCUGGCAGAUCACUCAUACACGCAAUGGAUCAUGGUCUAAUAAAGAAUCACAAACUGUUUAUGACAAUGCACACAGCCAGAUUAGGGAGAAAGAAGGAGAGAUUGGUGGUCCAGUUUCAAGUGAAGAGCAAAACGAUAUUUUCCAGAGUAGCUACAGAUGUACUAUGGAAAGUACAUCAUUGAAGCCUCGUGGCCAUGGAUACAUGGCUAAACCACCUAGUGGUUCUGAAAGACUACAUUCUGAAAUCCAGAGGAAAAAUGCUGAGCUAGCCCUCGAGGUUCAUGACUUAAGGAAGCAAAUUGUUGAACAACAAGCAGAGUGGCAAAGAGAACGAGAAGAAGAGCGAGUUGCUAGGGAGAAACAGCUUGAGGAGGAGCGUGUAGCAAGGCAGAGAGAACUUGAGGAGGCUAAGCAAGCAAUGAUGCAGGAUAUUAUGAAUGAGGUUAGGCAAUCAAUGAGGUCGGAUGUUGUGCAGAUAUUGGAAACUCGACACGAAGAUGCACAUCAGUUAAUGCAGUUUUCCCAAGCAAGGGAUGCUCCAAGAAACGGAACUGGAAAUCAAUCAAGUUCUAAGUUUAAAAGUUCGAGCAUGAUUACUCAACACCAGCUUAUGCAAGCAGCUAAACACCAUCGUCGUCGUCCAAGUGAAAAGGAUGGUUUUCUGUAAGUGAAGAAGAAAGAUCCCAACAAGAUCUAUUACCACUUUAGGAGGCUCCUUGUAGCACGGUUAUUUCUACGUGAAGUGAAGAAAAAUCAUGUCUUGAAGAAUGCUUGUUGACUAGAUGUAGUCAUAUGUAUCUUGUAUUCUUUGAACAUGUAGAUUUCGUUUCAGACUUUGUAGAACUUGUAUCUCACUUGGAUAUUAUAUUCUUGAACUUAUUAAUGAAUGAAUGCUUUGGACAUGUA